AUGGAGAAUCGUCGUGAUAAGCCCAUCCAUGCCAAUCGCAUGAUGCGCGCUAUCUGCAUCGGAGCAGGGCCGUCAGGAUUAUAUCUUGCAUAUAUGUUUAAGACAUCAUUUACGGACUAUACGCUGGAAGUGUAUGAGAAGAAUGAAGAUAUCGGGGGAACUUGGUUUGAGAAUCGAUAUCCCGGAUGUACCUGUGACGUCCCAUCGCACAUGUACACUUACUCCUUCGAGCCUAAAUGGGACUGGUCAGCUAGUUACGCAUCAGCCCCGGGGGUCCAUAGCUACUUCUCUGGGUUUGCAGACAAACAUGGUCUUCGCGAUUUUAUCAAUUGCAACCAUCGGGUGGUGGGUGCGAAUUGGGAUGAUGCAAACUCACAAUGGAAGGUUCGAGUUGAGAAUGCCAACAAGGAAAUAUUUGAGAAAAGGUGUGACUUCCUAAUAAACGCCACUGGCUAUUUAAACUCCCGGCGUUGGCCUUCUACACCAGGUCUUGGGUCAUUCAAUGGAAGGCUACUCCAUACCGCAGAUUGGGAUGAAUCCUUGUCGUUGACUGGAAAGCGGGUCGGGUUGAUUGGGAAUGGGUCUUCCGGUAUACAGUUGCUUCCUGGGCUUCAAAGAACUGCAGAGCAUGUCACAGCCUUCAUGCGCAGACCGACCUGGGUGAUACCAAAAUUGAGAUACCAAAAACGCAGUUACACAGAUGAAGAGAAGCAGACGUUUCAAGAUAAUCCCAGAGAACUGCUCCGGCUACGGAAAGAUAUCGAGGCCAACUAUGCGACCUUUUUGCCCCUCUUCCUUAAAGACACGCCCAGUACGGAAUACCUAGGAAGCCUCCAAAAGCCCAACGUCACGCCUGUCAUUGGGAAUAUUAAGAAGAUAAUACCGUCUGGCGGCAUAAUGCUAGACGGCAGCGAGUAUGCAUUUGAUGUUUUGGUUUGUGCCACAGGCUUCCACACCAGCUUUCGACCCGCGUUUCCAUUAAUAGGUCGCGAUGACACCAAUCUUGCAGAAGCAUGGGAAAAGGAACCUCGAAGUUACCUGGGAGUCGCGGCCCACGGUUUUCCGAACUACUUCAUGUUACUUGGCCCUAACAGCCCCCUGGCCAAUUCACCCGUCAUCGUUUGCAUCGAGGCGCAGGGACACUAUAUCGCUAGGUUUCUCAAUCGGUGGCAGAAAGAAGACAUCCGCACGUUCGAGCCUAAGGUAGAAGCGGUCGAUGACUUCAUGGAGCAGAAGGACUUAUUCAUGAAGAGCACAGUCUGGGAGAGCGACUGCCGAUCUUGGUUUAAAAACGCCAAUACCGGUAAUGUCAGUGGACUAUGGCCAGGGAGCGGACUGAGCUAUAUAGAAGCCCUAGCCGUUCAGCGGUUCGAGGAUUUCCACGUCACAUACGCGGCAAAGAACCGGUUCGCCUAUCUAGGGAAUGGAUUCAGUCAAACGCACCUACAACCUGAAAGCGACCUGGCAUAUUAUGUGCGCCAUGAGGACAAUGGCGAAUCAGUGUUUCCUGAGUUAAUGAGUGUUGAUAAUGCCAAGGACACCGCCGACUCUCUGGCGGCAAAGGAAGAGAUGAACUGGUUGCUCUAG